CAAUUCAGUGGGGAAUCAGGAUCAGCAGCGAGUUGGAGUUGCCCCUCCCCCAUGUCAACUGACGAACCCCUGGACCCGAUUCCUGACAGCUUCAUCCUGCAGCCGCCGGUCUUCCACCCGGUGAUUCCUUAUGGCACAACAAUUUUUGGUGGCCUGUAUGCAGGCAAGAUGGUCAUGCUGCAGGGUGUGGUCCCUCUACAUGCACGGAGAAAGAUAAUGAGACCUUCAGAUGGGUCCACAGGACAAGGCAGCUGGAAGAGCUUUGUCAUAGGUAAAGUGGACAUGGACAGUGCUCUGGUCCCAAGAUCAGCUCUGCCACCUAUCACAACACUGGGCAGAUUACCUAAGUUUAUCUGUACAAUGCACCUGCCUUGCAAAGUUUGGGGAAAAGCAAGUGAGAUCUUGGAAGGCAUGCUUGCUGGUGCCACAGUGUGCGGCGAGCUGCUCUUCAGCUGCGGCUUGCUUACCCAGGUGAGUGUGAACGGACAGCACUUUCUCCACUUCCGCUACCGGCUCCCACUGUCACGGGUGGAUACCCUUGCUAUAUCCGGUGACAUCUUGGUAAAGGUCGUUGGAUUCCUGAACAUCAAUCCAUUUGUGGAGGGUAGCAGAGAGUAUCCAGUUGGAUAUCCCUUCCUGCUGUAUAGCCCCAGGCUGGAGGUGCCCUGUUCACGUGCUCUUCCUCGGGGUCUCUGGCCUGGUCAAGUCAUUGUAGUUCGAGGACUGGUCUUGAAAGAGCCAAAAGAUUUCACCCUAAGCCUGAGGGAUGGGGCCACCCAUGUUCCUGUGACACUCAGGGCUUCCUUCACAGACAGAACACUAGCUUGGGUCUCCUCCUGGGGACGAAAGAAGCUGAUCUCAGCCCCCUUCCUCUUUCACCCCCAGCGAUUCUUCGAGGUACUGCUUCUGUGCCAAGAGGGAGGGCUGAAGCUGGCACUCAAUGGGCAGGGGCUGGGGGCCACCAGCCUGGACCAGAAAGCCCUGGAGCAGCUGCGGGAGCUCAGGAUCAGUGGAAGUGUCCAUCUCUACUGUGUCCACUACUAAGAAGGGCUCCGAGGGCACCCCCACCAGAGAAGAGGAAGGGUGGCUGCAACCAGGGCUCCACAGUUACAGCCCCAUUCUGCUGUUCUCAGAGGAGAAAUUGACCUGGCAUCACUGUGUCAGAUCUAGUUCACAUCUGGGUCACAAGCCUGAAUCUACACACACACACACACACACACACACACACACACACACUUAUUAUUGCAUUUUAAUCUAUCAAUUCUGAAAAUAAGGACCCAGGUCAAUGUGUCUUUGCAUCUAUCUUCCACAUUCAAAUUCUGUCUUGGUCUUCAUUCCAACCCAGGCCCAGCCACUGAGAUGGCAAAUAGAGUGUGAACAAGGUGAGCCACAAGUCUGUGACCAACACACACCAUCUACACUCACCUUUUCAUCUACACUCAUUUUACCUACAGUCACUUGAUUUGCCUAAAGUGAACAAAUAUCACAGCUGCUCUCAUGGUUUUGGCCAAAGAGAACCAGCCACGUCCCAGAAAAUCACCCUGAUAAUGGGACAUUUUGGUCACCCAACCAUGUUAACCACAAUAAUCUCUCAUAGGGUUAUAUAUAGUCUGGGUGGGCCAGAGAUUAUUCAGUCUAUGUUCCUGUAACAUACCCUGCAAUGUCCACACAAUGGCAAAUGCUCACAUAAUGCAUUUCUCAGAACUUGUCCUUGUCAUGAAGUGAAACAGGACUACGUCUAGCAGAGCAGGUAGACCAGGAAAAAAGGAAGCUGUAGAGUGUUUGAUUUGGACUAUUCCUGGAAAUAAAGUCUGGGCUCACCUUAGAGUGGACUUAAGACUCUGUCUCUUGGGAAUGCUUCUGUAAUCCCAUCUACCUGCCCAGAGCUGUGCCCGGUCACUGGUAGAAGAUGCUGAUGAAGGAUAUGCUAUAUUCUAACAUUGUAUUCUAAGCAAAGAGCCAUUUUCUUCCCUUGUCCAUUUACCAAGACUGAUCAUGUACCUUUCAUAAAGAAAAAAAAAAACUCAAAUAAAAUUCCAGGAGGAAAGUUUUCACUGCAAA